AUGUUAUUGCAACACAUUCACGAGAUCAUUAAAUCAUUAGCAUUCAUACCCGCCUUCAAGUUAACUCAACACAAUGGGCUUAGACGAUCUCAUUUACUACUUUCCUUACAACCGCAACCCAUUAGUAGAAUGCUUACGAUGUGCUUACGAGUUCAGAAAAUUUACUUUCGUUUUUCGAAGAUUCAAGCACAGAUAACUAAAAGAAGAAGAAAAAGCGAAGUGGCAAGACCAUUACUUUAA